AUGCUGGCGCCGUGGAUCCCGGCGGGAAUACCGCAACAGACCGGCCGAGGCGAGCAGAACGCCGGCACCAGGGGCGGAGCUACGGCUCGCGGAACGAGGGGAGGAGGGCGAGGUGCCAGAGGGGGACGGGGCGGAAGGGGUCCAAUCGUUGGCGGAAGGGUUGCGCUCGUGAGAACGGGAACGUGGCGGGAACGCCACGACCGACCGGAGCAAGCGGAGCCAGCGACGAAUCAAAACGAAGAUGAUGAUGCCAACAUCGAGGAGGGGGAAGAAUAUAUAGCUGAAUCGGCGGAGCCAUCUGAGGAAAUCUCGUUGGAGGACGAGGAGGAUGUACGCGUGGCGAGAAGGGCUGGGGAGCGAAGGAGAAACCAGAGCAGCGGGAUAAACCCCCAGGCCGAUAACCCACAGGGGACGAGAAUUAGGAACGAGGAGGUGAAUGGAGAGAGGGGAAACCCUCGGGUGGUGGGAGAGAUCGGGGACGCACCCAAUGAGGGACAGAGUGACUCAGGGGUCCGAUCACCGUCUGACCUGGCGGACGACACUGUCAUCUGGGAGCUGGCAGCCACGUGGGAGAAAUACCCACUCCAAAAAGGGGACCAACCCUUCGUGGUGCGCAGAAUGCCGCCCAAGAUCCUGGAAAGCUACACGCUCUGCCUCCUGGCGCCACUCAUUCGACUCUCGAAAUAUCCUGACUGCCCAGCAAUAGAGCUGCGCCUGCACCAGUUCCAACUCGGCAUCUGGCAGCCCCUCUACACCAACGCAUGUGUCAUCCCCGACAACGAGAGUCCGAUAUGA